AUAAUAAUAUUGUUGUUGUUCCCUCCGAAUCCUUUUCCGGGUUCUAUAAAUGUAAGGGUUCUGUUUCACCAAUUGUCAUCUUCCUUAAUACUUGCGAACCCUUUUCCGGUGGCUCUCUGUUUCCUCCAUUGUUGUCUUCAAUGGAUCGAAUUUCCGAAUUACCAGAGCCAAUUUUAGAGUACAUCUUGUCUUUUCUUGUUUACAAAAAUGUUGCACAAUUAAGUAUGUUGUCCAAGACUUGGAACAAGGUUUGCAAUUCAAUCUCCUAUUUGAAAUUUGAUGGUGAUUUUUUCUUUACGCCAUCAAAAUACAAACCAAAGCUGGUGGAUGUUGUGCAUCAAACCCUAGAAAAUCGUCGAAAGCUGAAGAUUGCCGUACACAAGUGUUGGCUACCAUUAACGAUUGGAUCUCAUGAGGUAUACAAUUGUUGGAUUGAUACACUUGUAGUUUGUAAUAUCAAAGAACUACAUCUAUCAAUUAAAUCUCAUCUUUACAAAUUGCCUGAGAUGAUCUUUAAUGCAAAAGCCCUAAAUGUGCUGAGGCUGAUUGGAUUUAACAUUAUUGAAUUGCCUUGUAAAAGUAUAAAUUUGCCAUCUCUGCGAGAGUUUUAUCUUGACAGUGUAAUUUUGGACGACAACUUUCUUCGAGCUAUAUGCACAACCUGUUCUAAUUUAGUGGUUUUGUAUUUGGUGGGCUGUCAUGGAUUUAACAGUUUGCAAGUUGGUGAAAAUUUACCUAAACUGAAAAAAUUGAAAUUGGAAUAUUCUUAUCAUCAAGUCCAAUUCGUUGAUAUUAGUUCAACUAAUCUUGAACAACUUACCAUCUACGGCAAUUGUGAUUACCUAAAGGCAGUUGAAAUAACUGCUUCUAAAGCCCUUAAGACUCUGUACCUCCAGCGUGUGCCGAUAACCCAAAAAAUUCUUUCUUGCCUUGGAAAUCUAGACAAGUGUGAGUUAUUUUUUUGCCACACAUUGAAGACUCUAAAGAUUGCAAGUUUCCUGCUCAAACAGCUGACGGUACAUCAAUGUCCUAACCUAAUCGCUGUUGAAUUAGACACUCCUAAUUUGAUAAGGUUUUCGUACAAUUGUCAUUCAUUGCCAACCCUGCAACUGAAAGCUUCAGCUUCAGCUUCAUUGGAAGCAAAAAUUUGCUUUGUCUCAGGAACCACUGACAGUGAUGUCACAAAAUUUCUUGGUAACUUCAAUCAGUCCAUGGUUGUUGAAUUAACAUGCAAAAGUGACAAGGCACUAGUUAUACCAAAAGACAUGAGAGGAAGCUUGCUUCCUCCCCUUUACGGUACUAAUCGUGUUCAUGUAAAUAUUCGAAGUCCAUUGAUAAACUGUUCGAUUGUCGACAUUCUUGAUAGUAUGCUUUGGAUUUCUCCUCAACUGGACACCCUAUCUUAUUUCAAACCUGACUUAAAGAUCCUAAUGUUUAUAUAUGAAGAUGCAUUAGAUGAAGAUGAGAAGCCUUGUUGUACAUCUCAACCUUGGAAAUGUUGGAGGCAUAAGUUAAAGCAAGUCAAAAUACAAAACAUUACAUGUAUGGAACAAAAACAGGAGUUGAGAAACUACUUGUACGCAAACCCAGAUAUCCCGGAGAUAAUUGAGGUUCCUGGCCCAGUAUUCAUCGAUCCCACAGUAUUCAUCCACAGAUUCGUAAUUGGAUAAUAUGUGUAUUUCCAAUUAUAGUAUUGAGUAUAUCUUCAUGU